GCGAGAAAAGGGGCUGGCUUAGGUGGCCCUUGGCAGAGCUGGGCUAGAAUUCAAGACUGGGUCUCUCAUCAGUUUCCAUUCUUCUUUCACACAAGAUGGAAAAUGAAGUAAAUCUUGGAGCCCUGGGAAUGGACUUGGCAAAAAUCCUAAAUGCAGUCUAGUCUUAGGCAAGUUUCUCUGGACCCUUAGCCCUCACAGGAGCAGUUAGUUUUCUAUCAAUGGGAGGAAGCAAGGCCUGAGUGGGGUAAAUGAGCCCAAAUCCACACUCCCACCUACUCUGGGCUGUUUUACCUUAAACAGGUUAAUUUUUAUGUUAAUGAGGCUCGAUUUUCGAGUCAUAUUAAUUCCAUUAUCAAACAAGCAAGUACCCGUUGGUGACUAAACUUCUGACUGAACUUCUCUUUUUCUUCCAGUUGGAAGUCUUGUGGGAUAUUUGCGAGUGCUUUUACAAAAGGCCAGAGACCAACUUAUUUGAAUGUAGCUGUUAGACCUGGGUCUUCUAACCCCAAGAAGUGGGGAACCCUGAGUCCAAGGAUUAGAUCUCAAAUGCAAUUAGCAAAAUGCCAAGGUUCUCCUCUCUUCUGCUCUCCCCCCUCCCUCAAAAAUCUUCAGAGGAAGAAGAAUUUAGACUUACAACCCAAGUGCUCAGGUUUUAAAUCAGACAACUCUGUCCUGACAGGAAGCGAGUCAGGGCUGUGACGCCUGAUUAUUUUUAGAGUUACUACUAAACUCUGUGUGGUGUGAGCUGCCACUGUUCCAGGCAAACAGAAAGACUUCCCAUUUUAUCACCGCAGCUCUGGGGCCAUCCACCUCCCCGAGUCCCUUAUUUCCAGCCUGACUUUGGAAGGGAUGACAUGGCAUCUCGUCAAUAUUAGGGUGAGGAAGGCAGAAUCCUAUGGUUGGUUGCUGCAUCUGAGGAACCGGAGCUGAGCAAAGCUGCUGCCUCCAGGAAGCCAGGGGGAAAUAUUCUGGGGGAAGGAGCUACUCCAUAGCUUUCUCCAGAAAAACCGUUAGGUUUCAUGAGAUGCAAGAAAAAUUGACCAUAGCGUAGCCAACCAAUGACAGUCCCUCUAUGCAAAUGCCAAGAGUGGCCAGCUUGUGGAUGACGUCACAAGCUCCUCCUAUGACCUAAUAAUGCCCCUACCACUGAAAAGGCCGGCCCCUGACUGCAGCUCUUACAGAGAGGACAAUUCACCACAAGCAGAGCACCUUCUAGAUUGCUCCUGGAGUGUGGGGACAAAAGUCUCUGCUGUCCAAGUUACUGAAUCCAGAAAAACAUGAUCUGAUGAACAUGGCAAAAGAAAUCCAGCUAAGGCCCAAGGUUAAUGUCUCUUCUUACAUCCACUUCUUACUGAAUUACAGAAACAAGUUUAAGGAGCAGCAGCCAAAUUCCUUCCUUGGCUUUAAAGAGUUCUCUAGAAAGUGCUCGGAAAAAUGGAAGUCCAUCUCCAAGCACGAAAAGUCCAAGUACGAAGCCCUGGCCAAGCUCGACAAAGCCCGAUACCAGGAAGAGAUGAUGAAUUACGUUGGCAAGAAGAAAAAGCGGAGAAAGCGGGACCCACUCGCACCCAGGCGGCCUCCGUCAUCCUUCCUACUCUUCUGCCAAGACCACUAUGCCCAGCUGAAGAGGGAGAAUCCCACCUGGUCCGUCGUGCAGGUGGCUAAGGCCUCAGGGAAGCUGUGGGCUGCGAAAUCAGACAUGGAGAAGCAGCUGUACGAAGAGAGAGCCGCUAUUCUGAGAGCUAAGUACUACGAGGAACUGAAAAUCUACCGCGAGCAACGCAUUGCCAGGAAGAAUCUCAAACGGUUGGCGAGGAAACCGUGCAGGGGGUGUGGGCAGGCUGCGGCCCAUCAAGCUGGUGGCUCCAAAUAGAAAUAAAGGCCAUUCAACUGU